CAGCUGGAGGGAGAAGAAAGAAGGUUCAAUAAUCAGGGAUCUUCAUCAUCCUCACAGAUUAUUUGCUUUUUUAUCCAUUGAAAGGACCACAUCAGCGAAGGGAGUGUUGUACGGAAUUUUUUCCAUAAGAAAAACCCAGUAUCCCCUGGUUAAGUAUUCCCCAUUUACCGUUCUUAGGAGAGAGGAGGUAGUGAUCCAGUGUGGGGUGGAAUAGAAGGGAGUCUAUGCGCGAGCGCCCCCAUGAGUCGAACAAAGGAACCAACGAAAGAGUGUGUGGGGUGAGGCUGGAAUGUUCCUGCCGGGGUGCUGGACGUUUGUCGCAUCGCAGCAUCCUUCUCCAUCUCGUCCACCUUUCGUCUUCAAGAUCACCGCUGGAAGAGAUAAAAGCGGCACAUCGCCACCAGCCUCCCCGGCAUCCCGGUUAUCCACACACGCCCUCCCCUUACGGAUGAUCCGAACUCUCAGUUAUCCGGACUAAUCAUCUUUAUUUUACCAACGUGCACAAAAGUCACACUCACCCUUUCCCCCCGGUUCCCUUCUUUAAAUGGUGCUACAGGAAAUCCCAAACCUCUCAACUCACUCUCUUGACGAAAAGUUCGAGUAAUGAUUCAUAAAAAAUAAGAAAAGAAGAGCUUUUAUAUUUAAUACUUGGUUUCUAUUCUUUCUGGGAUACCAAUGAAUUGCGGUCUAUGCCUUUAAAGUGGUAAGUUUGAAAAAAGACUUUUUAUUUAAAGAUUGUGUCAGGAGCUUAACCUAAGCAGUGAAAUAUUAGUAUUUCUAUAGACAUUUUUAUAAAGAGUAUCGAUUUGUUAUCAUACAUUGAAAAAAAAUUCGAAUACUAUUAUAAAAAUAUUAAAGGCAUUUUGAACUGUACAUUGAAGAAGAAGCACGUGUAUUUAAUGAAGAAUAUGAAAAUUCGAGAAUUCUAAAUCAAAAGUUUGACAUUGCUUAAAGAUUUUUGAUUUGAUUCAGAAAAAAUCAGUUUAUUUCUCUAUUUUUGAACACAAUACUGUUGAUUUUCAAUUUUGAAAUCUGUUGGCUUUAAAAUAAAUUAUAUACAUUUUGUAGAAAAAAUGGAAUGCCAUGUUUUUCAGAGAAAAAUAAAAAGACUUUCAAGGUUUGAUUAUAUAAUCAAAAAACAGUUUGGCGGAUUUUUAAAAUUCAAGGAUGAUCAAACUGCUCACUUUCGACGAAAGCUAGUGUAAAUUAAAUUUUGAUUUCAUAUUGAUAAAUGUGUUAACUUAUCGCGGAUAAUCGAGAAAAUUUCAUAUCAUGUUGAAUUACAACCUGACAGUUCCUUCAUUAUUAUUUAAAAGAGAAAAAAAUCACUUUGGCGAAUAUAAAUGAUUAAAGAAUUUAAAUGUUUAUUAUUAUUCGAAAUGUUUCAAAGAAUUGGAAAAACAGUGAGACAAUUUUUGUUCACAAUUAUUUGUCCAAAUGAUCCAGUCCAGGACAUAAUAUUUCGAUCAGUUUUGUUAGUUAAAGUUGAACAUUGAGUUAUAAAAAUGCUUAUUGGUGUUACAAGAUAUAUUAAAAACUAAGAUAAUAAUUCAAACUGGAAUAGACAGAGGUGAGAGCAAGAUCAAUUGGAAAUCAAGACGUCGUGGCAUGUCUGGUUAUCGCGCUUUAUUUUAUUUCGUUCACUCUACGAGCCAUGAACAUUAAAAACAAGUCCUCCCUGGUUGUUGCAGUGUUUAUCUGCUUUGGCAUGAUAACAGUUAUGGCAUCAGAAGAUGAAGAACGAUUAGUUCGUGAUCUUUUUAGAGAUUACAACAAAUUAAUUCGGCCUGUAGAAGUGAUGAAUAAAACUGUAGAAGUACAAUUUGGUUUAUCUUUCAUCCAGCUCAUCAAUGUGAACGAAAAGAAUCAAAUCAUGACUUCAAACGUCUGGCUGCAAUUGGUUUGGAGUGACUACCAGCUGAGAUGGGACGAAGCGGAUUAUGGAGGAAUUAAUGUCUUAAGAUUGCCGCCAGACAAAGUCUGGAAACCUGAUAUCGUCCUUUUUAACAAUGCGGAUGGCAAUUAUGAAGUCCGUUACAAAUCCAACGUCCUUAUCUACCCGGAGGGUCAAGUGAUGUGGGUUCCUCCGGCCAUUUAUCAGAGCUCUUGUACCAUUGAUGUCACGUAUUUCCCAUUCGAUCAGCAAAAAUGUGUUAUGAAGUUCGGAUCUUGGACUUUCAACGGUGAUCAAGUGUCCUUAAAGCUCUAUAAUGACAACUUCUGGGUCGACUUGUCCGAUUACUGGAAGUCCGGCACCUGGGACAUAGUAGAAGUGCCCGCCUUCCUCAACAUCCACAAUCAGUCCAAGAGCGGUCAGCCGACAGAAACAGAUAUUUCCUUUUACAUAACUAUCCGGAGAAAGACUCUCUUUUACACUGUCAAUCUGAUCCUGCCAACGGUGCUCAUCUCCUUCCUCUGCAUCUUGGUCUUCUAUCUUCCGGCUGAAGCCGGAGAGAAGGUUACUCUAGGUAUCUCGAUUCUGCUCUCACUGGUCGUGUUCCUGCUUCUGGUCUCGAAGAUCUUGCCACCGACCUCUCUCGUGCUUCCGCUCAUCGCUAAGUACCUGCUGUUCACUUUCCUUAUGAACACCGUGUCCAUCCUGGUCACGGUGAUUAUUCUCAAUUGGAACUUUAGAGGCCCUAGGACUCAUAGAAUGCCAAAUUGGAUACGGGUGGUCUUCCUUAAGUACUUACCCAUAAUGCUUUUCAUGAAGAGACCCAAAAAGACGAGGCUGAGAUGGAUGAUGGAAAUGCCGGGUAUCGGUGCUCACCAUCACUAUCAUGGUGGAUCUCCGGACAUGAAGGGUGGAGCCACUUGCCACACGGUUAAAGGUAAAAUGGACUUUGUAGAAAUGGCUGAUAUCCACCAUCCGAACUGCACUGCUGCUAGAGCAUCGCAGCAGCAGGUUGGAGAUUCUCAAUUAAGAGAUAUGGAAGGCCCAGAAACAUUAUACUUAACACCAGAAGCUUUCAGAGCGACGGAAGCGAUUGAAUUUAUUGCUGAACAUCUUAGGAGUGAAGACGAGUACAUUCAAAUACGUGAAGACUGGAAGUAUGUUGCCAUGGUUAUAGAUCGGCUACAGCUGUAUAUUUUCUUCGCAGUAACAACAGCCGGCACCAUAGGAAUAUUACUAGAUGCUCCUCACAUAUUCCAGUACGUCGACCAAGACAAGAUCAUAGAAAUCCAUAAAGGAAAAGCGACUUGAAGAGAUACGCUAAUAAAUAAAAUAAAUAAAUAAAAGAAAAACGACGCUACUGUGAAUAAAUAACACGUAAACAAUUCAACGAUAAAAUACUGAGAAUAUCAAAUUCUCAUUUUAUAUUAGAAUAUACAAAGGCGGAACUUAUAUUUCGGUCAACUGCCCAUUUAGACCGAAUGUUCCCAGUAAAGAACAGACGGGUAUCCAUAAACAUUAUUAUUAUAAUCCAUUUGAAUAUGUACAUAAAUUAAAUGGGAGAAAAAUCUACUUAGCAGAAAAAAAAAGUACGACUUUGAAGAAAAGUUGGAAAACAUUGAAGUUACUAUCAUGAUUCAUCCCCAAAGCGUGAAUGAUUUCUUUUUUUAAAAUUAAAAUAACAAGAUGUAGAGAAAUUUUAGACGAAAAUUAUUGAUACCCAUAGUAGCAAAGUAUAUGAUGGUUUGGUGGUUUGUUAUGAAGUCUGAAUGAUUUAAAAAAAAAUCAGAUUGUGUUUAUAUUGUAAAUAUAACCAUGUGGUUAAGCUUGUAGAUAAUGCGUUAUUUCCCUGUUUACCCCAGAUUUUAUUAAUCUACAUUUGUAACUAUAGACUCUCGUUUUAACAUAAGCCAUGACGACAAGUAUGUGUGUGUGUGUGAGCUUUAUAUAUUACUAUAAAUAUAUAUAUAUACAUAUAACUGAUAAUUUGUGAUGCAAAAUCAGAGCGCAAAUAAAAACCUCCAUUGCAUAUUAGUUGUGCAGUGUUGUAAUGGGUGCAUGAGCAGCAGCAGUAAUAGCGUGCGCAUGUGUACUGCAGUGUUAUUUUUGUCAUGCUUUGUGCUUGCCUUCUUAAAGCUUGUGGUUAGUUGGACAAAUAUAUGUUUUAAACUUUAAUACUAUAUUUUAAUUGACUAAUUAGUUUGCAUUCGUGAUAAAAAACACAAUUUGUAUGACUGAAAUAUAACUACAUAGCAUGAGCUUUGUAAGCGUCUAGUGUGAAGAACACAUGUAUUUUUAUUUCAAUAAUAGCUUUAAUAUACUUUUAUUUUUAUGAUACAAUCAAUAUGCAUUGAGUAAUAGAGCAGAAUUGGGAGAUAUGUCCAAAAAUAAUUAUGUAUUUAAGCGUUUUUAACGUUAAAUUUGUAGCGUUUUUUCAAUGUUGUACUUCUAAAAUUAUUUUGGCGUUACAUAUGAAACAAUAUUUUAACGUUACCUCAGAAUCAAUAGUUUAAUGUUACCUCUGAAACCAAAUUUUAACGUUAUAACUGGAAGAAAUUUUAACGUUACAUUUGUAAUAUUAAUUAAACGUUGAAAAUACGUUACUUUACGUUACUUUUCACACUAUUUGGAAUUCCGUUCAAUCGAAUAAUUUGAUCAAUAAAGUGUAUGUUUUUAAGCAGAAUAAUAAAAAUACUAAAAAUUAAUAAUGCAAUUCGUACUCGAUAAAAAAAUUACAACACCAAAAAAAAAAUAUUUCUAUCAUUUCAGAAUGUAAGUUCAACGAGUGUAAGUUUAAUACGUUAAACUACGACUAAUGUUUAAACAACAUUUAAUAUAAGAAGAAAUUUUUUUCUAUGGAUGGAUAUCAAGCAAUUUAUUUUAAUUUUUAAAUUAUUUAUUUUAUUUAGUUCCUAAUAUCUCAGUUUUUUGAAAAAGGACACCUGAUUUAUAAAUGUUUUUUCAACGUAAAAUUCAUAAAUUUGAAGAAAAAUAAAAUUUACUUUGCAUGAUUGGAUGCUUUUCCAAAGGAACUAUUCAAAAGUUAGUUUUCUUUUGAUUCAAUUAAACUAUAUAUUUGUUUGAAAAUCAAAUUUUUUGAUAAAAUGUUGUUGCUUUUUAUUUUAAAAUAAAUAGUGCAUGCUGCUAACUUAGCAAUAUCUUCCACUUUUCUGCUGCUCUUUACUUAAGCUGAACUGUAUACGAUGGUGCAAUAUGUUUAAAGUGUAUCAUACAAUGACGUUAUACGAGUUUAAUAUAUAAUUUUAUAGCAUAAAUUAGAGUUAGUCAACAUCUAGAUGAAUUAAGUUCAAUAUUUAGUGUAAUUUUUACUCAAGCUAAUCAACCAAACGUUGUUGAAAUUUUCAUACAUUAUUCCAACUAUAAAUUUGGAUUAAAAAGUAAUGUUCUUAAACAGAAUCGUAAGGAUAUUUUUAAUUUCAAAAACCUUUUAUAAAGAAACAAAUGGUACAUACCAAUGGUAUAAGACCCUUUUGACCCACAAUAUGCAAUGAUAUUUUAAUUAAAAUGGAUAGUUAAAAACUUCAUUUCCAGAUUUACUUUGUCACAGGGAUAUACAGACGAAUUGUAAGAUUAAAAUAUUCUAAGUUUAUAUUUAAUAAAAAAAUAUAUUUUCAAAUAUUAAUUUCCAAGAAAAUACUGGUAAUUUCUAAUAUAAACUGCAUCGUAAUUAUUAAGUGAUUUCAUGCACUGAAAUAUUUUGAUUCUGUUAUGUUAUUAAAUUUUUAAACAUAUACAUUGAAAAUAUACAUUUAUAUUUAAAUAUAACCUUCAUUUUUAUUAACUAAAAUGUAAUUCAUUAAUAUUUUACUAAGUUAAUAAUGAUUAUUUAGGAUUUAAAAGAAAAAUUACUUUAAGAGCCAAGACCAUUUCGAAAAAUUUCAGAAUUCUAAUUAGUUAAAUCUAAGAAGCAUUGCAGAACCGAGUGUUUUAAUAUUUAUAAAAAUGCUUUUAAGUUGAAAUAUUAGCUAUCAAGCUAUAAGCUGUUAACAAAGUUUUUUUUACGGUAUCAAACAUUUAAAAAUAUGAAAUACUAAGUAAUAGCUUUGCAACGAAAAUUGUGAAUGUUUUUGGUAUUUAACGUGCUUCAUUUAAAUUAGAUUACCUUUCAACUCAAGUGUUUUAUUUAAUUUUGAAUACAUUUAUUUGCAUGCAAUAUUAAGCAAAAUGUCAUCUUAAUGAGUCUAAAAUUCGUAUUUUAAAAAAUCAAUUGCCUACUUUAAUUUCUUUUAAAGACACUAUUUGAGAGAGAAGAACAAGUGACAAUGUUUUUAGGCAACUAUCUUUUCUGAAUUUAAAUGAAGACUUUGAGAUGACGAAUUUAUUAAUUAAAAAGAGGAAAACCUAUUAUCUUAAAGUAAAUUGAAGUCAUUAAAGUAAAGUCAUUCCGUUGAGUAAUGUGGUUUUAAAAACAGUUCAAUUAAGCAAUACUUUCUGUAUGACUAGCAAAAAAAAAAAUUCUUUUAAAAAUGAUUACUCAAAUUGAUUACUUUUAAAAUUGAUUGCUGCCUCAAUGAAAUAUAUUUACAUUUAAAUAUGAUCAUUAAUAUCUGUUUUAAUUUAUAAAUCAAAUACACGAUUGGCAAAUUUUAUUUUUACAACUUUGGCGCAUUUAUAAUCGAUGAAAUGAAUAAGAUAGUUAAGUAAUGUUGCUUGCAAAGGUCUUAGCAAAGGAUAGUUUUUAUUACGACAUUUUAUAUGUUAUUCAUGUAUAAAAUAUACGAGCAAUUAUUCAACAUAUCUGAAGUAAGUAAUUUCAAUUCAACUUUAAUUUUAACUUCACCGAACUGAAAUAAAGAAAAAUGAUGCUCUUUACUAAACCUUUAAAGAUCCUUCGAAUAAUAAUAGCAAUAACGAAUUAGAAUCUCACGUUUGCUCUUAUUCAAAUAUUAUUAUAAAUGAAUAUAUUGUAUGCAAAAUAUUAUUUUUUUUUACACUUUAAAAAGCUUUAAGUUUUGCUAAGACCAAUUCAAGCAAUAGAACUUUUUUAUUAGGUGUUAUUUUCCGUCAAAAUUCAAAAUUUCAUUUUGGUUCAUAUUUUUCCUUAUUAUAUUUAAUAUUUUUUGCAAAUGUUGAGCUUUGCUUUAAAUCAUUUCUACGAUGUUCAAUAACGGUAAUUUUUCCAAUAUUCACUGAUGU